AUGGUAGAAGCUGACUCUGAUCACAGCGACUCUGGGGAUGAUGGGGCCUAUGUCGAACAUCGCAGUAGACGCACGAUGAGAAGCAAGCGCAGGAAAACUGCUCUGAGGCUCACAGUCAAAAAGGAACUUUCACCAUCGCCUACAUCGUCGUCGCCAUUCACACUGUCCAUUCAGCCGCUCCAGGAUGCGCUCACGUCGCGCUACGCCGCCGAAGAGGCAAUGGAUUCGUCUUUCGACGAGAUUAUAGGCCCCCUGUUGUCAGACUAUAUGCGGGUAAAAACAGAGAUAGAGACAAGGAGCGAAAGAGAUGAAUAUGGGAGGCCGAUCCUACUGUUGUCUCCUCAGGACGAGGAGACGUUCAUCGAGCGCCUGGAAAAGAGACGAGUCUCGUCAGAGUAUGGUUUAGACACAAAUGACGCUCUCAUUCUUCGUAAACUCAAGCUCCAACGUGUCAGACACUCCUUCUCCUACUGUCGUCUCAUUAUUCAUCAUGUCUUAUUGCUUUGCAGAUCCGUCGCACCCAUGGACUCGUACACCCUGUCCUCCGUCCGCCACUCCCAUCCACACUCACCGCACUACCUCCUGCCUACCGUGCGCCAACAGCCAAUCCACAGACCCUCAACGCCCUCUACGCCAUCAGAACUACUCCUUUCGAGUUUUCCUUCCUUUCACGUCUGCACGGUGUGA